AUGCGCGAAUUAUCACAAAUCGCGAUCAGAUACAGGCUCGUGUGCGGCAUGCCCUCCGAGUCUCUGCUCGCGUACCCAUUCCGGCGUGGCGCCACGCCGUCCGAUUCCAUGGCCUAUGUCCGGACGCUCCCUGCAUUCCUCCUUGUUCCAUGUCUCCUGCGGCGGCCCGACCACAUCGCUGCGGGCGGCCUGCACCAAGUUUCCGUUCAGCCCGGGACGCCUCCGGACUACCGCGCGUCUGUCUUCGCUUUGGAUGCCGACUUCAUCUCCGGUGCACUGCACCUCUCCUCGGACCCGCCGGACAAAUUUGUAUGACCUCCGACGCGCCCCAGCCGCCGACGCCCGUAUGGUGUAUGUCGGUCCUAUCGAACGGAGCUAGUGGCGCGCCUGCGAGGUGGACGAUGACCUUCUGGGGCCCUCGCCUGCGCCGCCAUCAGCGCUGUUCUCGUAUGUGGAUGUUCAGUCUCCACGGCCGACACAAAGCUAUCGCGUUCCUCGUAUGGCAACUCAGGACCAGACGGCAUUGACGGGGGUUCCGAGGUGGCCGGCGACUUGGCGCGGCGCGUCAACCAUAUGACCAUCAUAUGUAGUCCGCGCAAGAGGCCUCCUUGACAUCAAUAGACCUUGCUUUU